UACAGCCUUAGAAAGGAAAAUAAAAUCGAAAAGAGAAAAAUAAUAAUUUAUUUGCGCCGCCACUGUUGACACGUCGAGCGGGAGGGAACGCGCAGACCACGGUAGGAGGAGGCGUAUUACCAUCCGAGUCCAUCGCCGUCGCACGAACACCGCGCGCUCCUCUCUCCCUCCGUCGCCCGCGCACCUCCAAUGGCCGGGCACGAAGAGGAGGUGGCGAUGGAAGUGGAGGCCGUGCAGUCCGUCUACGGCGGCGAUUGCGUCGUCCUCGAUCGGUAUCCUCCCCGCCUCCACGUCCGCAUCGUGCCCCGCACGGCCGACGUCUCUUCUCAACAGUUUGUGGAAGCAGUCAUCGGAAUAAGUGCAGGCCCGCAGUAUCCAGAUGUCCCGCCUUGUGUUGAACUUAUAGAAUCGAAGGGUCUUGAUGAUAGAAGGCAGAAAUGUCUUUUGGAUUGCAUAUUGGACAAAGCUCGUCAACUUUCCUCGUGUUCAAUGCUAGUAGCACUUUGUGAGGAAGCAGUGGAACUCCUCUCUAAGAUGAACCACCCAGAGGGUGACUGUCCAAUGUGUUUGUUUCCUCUGGUUCCUGAAGAUACAGAACGCAGAGAUUUGGCUUUUAUGAAGCUGAUGUCUUGUUUCCAUUGCUUUCACAGUGACUGCAUUAUCAGGUGGUGGACCUGGCUUCAAAACGAAAAACAAACAAAAGUUGGUGAGGUGGAAAAUGAAAAAGGGUUAGAAAGCCAGGGAAACUGUCCAGUUUGCAGGAAAGGUUUUCAGGCCAAGGAUUUGGAACAUGUACUUACGUUAAUCAGCUCAUAUUCCUCCAAGUCGAGUUCUGAAGGAGAUGUCGCUGAAGAGAAUGGGGAGCUUCUCCAGUCAGAUUCUGAAAAUAACAGAAGGCAGAGAUUUGAGACCAUUAUGAAAGUACAGGAAGAAAACAAUGGCUUAAUUGAACCCAAGAAGGACUUGGUCGUGUUGCCGGGAAUGUACAUAACCCCGACAAUUACCUCAUCGACAUCUGGUACAACGAAUGACAAUAUGGAGCAACAACAACCAAGGGACGAAGCUGUCUCUUUGGAAACAGAUUCUUGCAAUGCCUUAAAUCAGCAAAAAGACAAGGCAGUUGCUCCUGUCCGUAAUUCCAUUGGAUCCUCAAAACCACGAGGCACCAUUGAGCAUAGGAACUCAAGUACGAGGAAAAACAGUGCGAGGAAUGCUAGAAAGCCAGGCAAACACUGGGUUAGGAAAGAUUAUACAUCUAGGGUUUAAUUAUUGUAGUAGUUGAUGACUGGAUAGAAGUACGAAAGGAACAGAUGUCAAGUACGAGUUUUUGUCGUGCCCUUUUGUAUACACACCGCGCACUCUCCAUGAUGAGAGUGCAUACAGGAUAUCUUUGAUUGUCCGUACCUUCAUUUGCACCUAGACAUUUGAAUCGCGGUCUCAACUGGACCGAGUCAUCUGAUGUGAAAUAAUGCAAAUGCGGGAUCUGCAGGAAUGUGCGUGUCAGUUGGGCUGUCUGAAUCCUUGUCAUAAGAUGGAGGACACAAAUUUGCAGUGCGCCUUCCUCCGAGGUCCAUGACCAAAUAGCUUUUGUGGAAGUCAUGAUUGAUUUGCCGGAAUAAAACUGCAACAUUCAGUAAACUUUUUGUGAUUGUUGCUCAUGGACCCGCCCCCCCACCCCAUGCCCCCACCCAAAUGUCCCAUAAAUUGCAGGCCUUGCUUGCCCCUUCCGGUUCUGUAGUGAGAGUUUCUUUAUGGAGCUGUCCUUAUCAUAUGUUUCAUUGAUGUAAUAAUUAAAAUGCGCUUUCAUUUAUUGACUAUCCGACAAGAAGUAGCUCCUGAUUUUUAUUAGACAGUUUUUCGGUAAGUUCCGCUUAUCA